AUGCCUUCGGGUUUUGACAUUAAGGGAGAGCCUAAGUCCAAAGCCGAUUAUUCCCUGUUUACUCUGCUUCAAGGUUCAUCUUUCAUUGCUUUGCUUGUCUAUGUGGAUGAUGUUGCUAUUGCAAGUAAUGACUCUCAAGAUGUUUCAUCUUUUAUCACUAUGUUGAAUGAGCGUUUUAAGUUCAAAGAUUUGGGUCCUUUAAAGUACUUUCUUGGCUUGGAAAUAGCUCAUUCUUCUAUUGGCAUUUAUGUUUGCCAACGAAAGUAUGCUUUGGAAAUAUUGGAAGAUUCUGGAUUGUUGGCUUCCAAACCUGCUCAGUUUCCUAUGGAGCAGAAUUUGAAGUUGUCUGAGGAUGAUGACACUCUUCUCUCGAAUCCUACUUCAUAUCGGCGUUUGAUUGGUCGACUAUUGUAUUUGACAAUCACCCAGCCUGAUCUUACAUAUUCUGUUCAAACCCUCAAUCAAUUCAUGGAUAAACCUAGACAAUCUCACCUUGAUGCUGCUCAUAGGGUCUUGAGAUAUGUCAAACAUGCUCUUGCACAAGGGCUUUUCUUUCUUGCCAACACAGAGUUACAACUCAAAGCUUUUUGUGAUUCUAAUUUGGCCGGUUGUGUGGACACCAGGCGCUCAAUUACUGGUUAUUGUGUGUUCCUUGGGGACUCUCUAUUGUUAUGUUAG